CCAGCGCCCCACCAACACUCACCUGUCGCACCUGAGGCCAAAAACCUUCGUUGUCUGUGUGUGCCGCAGUCGUCCCCGCUGCACGAUUACCUGCAUGCGCCCAGAGUCGCCUCCCUUACUCCCCACCCUCCGUCAGUCCCUCCCGUCAUUGACAGGACCGUUGUGGUUGUCCGUUAGUUUGUCGUCGGGUACAGGAACACACGACUGUCUACAGGACACCCGGCAAGCCACUCCAGACUCUUCUAGACCUGCACUCUUCCCUGGAACUCAGGACCUCAGCGAAAUAUGUACCCGAACUUCAAAAACAGGUUUCGAGACCCGCAGCAAGAAAGGAUUCCAUCAGCUCAGGUUACAAUUGGGAAAUAAUCAAGGGGCUUAGGAUCGACCAGCUGCCGAAAGACUGAACAGAGACAGCAGUCCUCGUGUGGAUUCUAAGGUUUGCUUUCUUCUCAAUCAACAUGUUCUCGCAGAAACCUCUAGCAACCAGCCUUGCCAGUGAACAGGGCUGAACUUGCCAGUGAACAGUAGUGGUGUUCAUGCUAGCGAACAUCAGUGUCAUGCCAGCAAUCAGCUGAUGUAGUUCACACACAGAGUCUGAUCUUGCCAAGCUCCACGACCUGUCGAGCAACAUCGUGGACACGAGCAUCAUGCGCACGACACACAACAGAGCUCGAGCUUGAAAAACAUUUUUCUGCUUCUAACAUUCGGCUUAAUCUGUUCGAGCUUCUCCGCCCUCCCCACCCGUCAACAUCCAAAUCGUCAAGAGAGAAAAAAAAAUGCCGACACGAGGGUCAAGGCUGUCCACCCAGGUCGUCAUGACAUUGGCCACCGUCAGCCUGACGUCCAUGACCUCGGCCUUCACCCGCGGCAAGCUGGACCGCUGCGAGGCCAUCGACGUGCCGCGCUGCCGCUCCAUGCCGUACAACAUGACGCGCAUGCCCAACCUGCUGCACCACAGCACGCAGGAGAACGCGCGCCUGGCCUUCGAGCAGUUCCACGUGCUGCUGGACCAGGACUGCUCGCCCGUGCUGCUCUUCCUGCUGUGCGCCAUGUACGUGCCCAUCUGCACCGUGGCCUUCCAGCCCGACCCCAUCCCGCCCUGCAGGGACGUCUGCGAGCGCGCGAGGGCGGGAUGCGAACCCCUGAUGCAGGCCCACAACGUCUCGUGGCCCGAGGCCCUCAGCUGCUCUCACCUGCCGCGCUACGAGCGAGGGGUGUGCGUCUCCCCUGAGGCGAUCAUCACUCCCAACACCGGCAAGAAAAAAUGUACUUGCAAAAAGAAGAAGCAAAGGGUGAAAAGCAUGCUCAGAAAACACCAGUAUCAGUACGCUGUUCACGCUCGACUGGUGAAGCUGAAGAAAACGGAUCCAAGGACGGUAACCCUGAAAGUGCACGUGGAGGAAGUUCUUUUCUGCAGUGACGUGAAGUUUCCACGCUCUAAUCACGUGACUCUGUGGAUGAACAGCAGCUGUGCUUGUCCCAAGCUGCGCGAGGGCCGCCACUACCUGUUCGCGGGCCACCAAGAUGCAGUUGAAGGGAAGCUACUCCUGCCGCCGGCCUCCGCGGUUGCUGUCCCUUGGCGAAAUAAAUGGGGAGCGCGUGUUAAGCGAUGGCAUCAGCAGCUCACCAAGACCAGGGCGGAGGAUGAAACCCGGAGGACAUCAUCUGCUCCAAGAAACCCUGUCUCCGCGAAGCACGGACCCAGACGGGAGAAAAAAGAGAGAGAAGUGGAAGAUACCGGCGAUGGUAUGAAGCAUGCGCAGAAGCAUAAUUCCAGCUCCAAAGAGCACGCGGAUGGAACUAGGUUAGAACGACUGAACACCAAUCAGACUGAGCGGUAGAAAGUGGUCACCGAGAUGACCAAGACCGGCUUCCAGAGGACGAACAAACAAACAGGCAGCGCAUAAUUUUCAGAGACAGAGAUCACUGGCUGUGGGGUCAUCACGUUGACCCUUUCACAGAAACUGUGAAUGCACCAAAAUCCUUGUAACUGGUUACAUUUUAUGAUGGCAAUACCAAAUUAAAUGCAUCGGGGAUGAACAUUUCUGAAUAGUUCCGAAGAUUUAAUAGACCUGGAUUUAUCUUUAUUCAGGUGCAUUUGUGCAAGGUUGGUGAAAGCAAAACUAAGACUAAGUUUUGUGGCAUGCUUGCGAUUCAUGUCAGGACAGCUGUAGUUCCUGAGUUUAGGCUCCAGCUCACAAUUUUCUAAAACCAGUGGAAUAGGGAGUGGAUAACUCUUCUGCACUGUGUGAAAACAGUGUAUGGAGAAAUCAACUUCAAGAAUAUUCCUGAAAUUUGUAAAAGACAUACACAGGAAACUGAUUGCUGCAGGCGCUUCAACAUGUACUGUUGUGUUCCUCCAUGUACAGUCAGUGGUUGUGAACUGGUGAUGUGAGUGACUUUCUUCUAAUGAACCACACCUUCUGCACCUUCUACACCUUCUACACCUUCUACACGAUUUUGUCGACAGGAGCUGUGGUUGGUAGAAUCGUGGCCAGUACACAAACAAAGUCCCAUGACACAUUGCAGGAACUAACUACUGAUUUCAGUUCACUAAGAACCCAUGUUCCUACACCUAAAACUCAAACAUCUGUGUAGGUCCGCAUGAACAAACAGAAAAAGAAUGACACGAAGUAGGUUUGACUACUUCCAAAGAGUUCAGACCCAUGUUUUCAUGGCAGUGAGGUGGACUUUGUUAUAUAGAAAAUAAUUUCGUCAGCUGUUGUAGACUGCUUUCAAUAUAGACAGUCUGACUAGAUGUUGUUGAAGUCCAGGACAAUAUGUAGAAGUUUUUGUUGGUUUUUUUUUUACGGUCGGUCCUCAACAUUCCCGGAUUUCACUUGCGCAGUUUUGAUUAUUCCUGGGGUUGCAAUUAAUAAUUAAUUGGGAAUAUUUAGGAAAUUUUAAAAGCUGGCUGUAAAGAAUGUAAAGAAAGUUUUAAAAUGUCAUAAAUGCUUAAACUAUAUGUAUUACUAAUAUUAAUCUGUUUUCUCUUUAACUGCCACGAACAGGCGCUACAAAUUAUUUGCGAAAUUUCCUCAGUCGGCUAUGAAACAAAAGGCCGAUUACAUUAUUUUAGUGUGUUUUCUAAGAAAUUUUAUGUGAAGAAAUGUAGUGCUGUGAAUGUAUGAAAAUAGUUUAAAAGCUGACUUACAGGUGACCAAACCUGAAGGUGUGUGUACCUGAUGUACUUGUCACGAGGGCAGCAGAACUGAAGUACAUUCACUUUCUUGUGUAUCAUUUAAACAUGUCAGGCUUCAGGUACAAGCCUUAAAAUUCCAGUUAGAGCCUACAUAAUGUAGGUUGUCCUUAAUUAACAUGUAAGAAAUAUUUAAAAAAAUCCUUUUUCCCUCGAACCUAAUAACAUGACUAUUGUUGUAGAUAUUGUUUAUAUCUAACCUCUUGUGUUAUUGUCUUUAUUAUCUUCUCCAUUAUUUCCUCGAUGGCACCAAAGAGUUAGCUUUUAAGUUUAAAUAUGUUAUUCACUUGUUCUUCGUGUUCAGUUAUGAUGAAACGGACUGGAAGAUUUUCAUCAGGAAUUUAUAUGAUGUUUCAUCAAUUCUGUAAAAAGAUUGUAUGUUGUAGAAGAAUCGUAUCAUCAAUAUCUGUAAAAUGUCUUUUAUUUGCUGUAGAUAUUUGAUUUCACGAGAAAAUAUUAAAAGUUUUUAUGCUUUAAACAUUUUUAUGAAUGUCAAACAUUUGAGUAUGAUAUUAUUAGUUUACUCACUGGAGUGCAUGAAUUAAAAUUUUGAA